UGCCACCGCGCAUGCUCAGCCACCACCACAAGGUGGCGGUUUCACGACGUGGGAUCGCGGCCCGAUAAGCAACGGAAACCGUAAAAGGCCCUGUGGUUUGGGAGUCUCCGGCUUGGCGUCGCCAUGGCCCGGGACGUGAAGAGCAAACUGUCCAAGAACCUUCUCCGCAUGAAGUUCAUGCAAAGGGGCUUGGAUUCGGAAACCAAAAAGCAACUUGAGGAGGAGGAAAAGAAAAUAAUCAGCGAGGAACAUUGGUUUCUGGAUCUGCCAGAACUGAAAGAAAAAGAGAGCCUUAUAAUAGAGGAGAGAAGCUUUGUGAUGUGUGAAGACCUUCUGUAUGGAAGGAUGUCUUUUAAAGGGUUCAAUCCUGAAGUCGAGAAGUUAAUGAUCCAGAUGAACUCAAGGUACAAGAUGGAAGACGCUGAAGAAGAAAAGAACGCGAUGGAAGCUGAUGUAUCAGACGAAGAAAUGGCUAGAAGGUAUGAAACCUUAGUGGGAACCAUUGGGAAGAAAUUCCUAAAGAAGAGAGAAAAAAGUCACGUCCUGCAAGAUCCUACGGAGGAUGAAAGCAGUGACAGAAGGCCUAGCAAAGUGAAGAAAGUGUUUUUAAAACCCCAGGAUUAAUGUCAGAUAAUUUGUGUAUCCCUGAAGGAACAGAAAUUUGUAAUGCCAUGUAAACUUCCUAAAUUGCUGAA